AUGCCAAAAUUAUCUGCAAAAUAUCGCCAAAUGAUACAACUGAUGGCUAAUCGUGAAAUAGCCAAAAAAAUUAAAAAAGCUAUGGAUACUCUUCAGUCUCUUGAUGUAGAAGAUUUUAAUAAUGCCCUAGAAUUUAUAAAUACUAUUAAAAAAGAAAAUAAGUUAGAAGCUUCUAUAAAAUCUAUGGAAAAACUUAUUAAAAUUAUUCAAAGCUUAGAUAAUAAUGAGAAAGAAGAUGUGAUAAAACUGUUAGACAGUAUAAGAUAUCCACAGGAAAAAAAUGAAGACAAAAUUAUAUCCCCAUAUUUACAACAACAAUUAGUUAAAGUAAUUUAUACUUCCCUUUAUUGGCCACAAGAAAGCUAUUCUGUUUUAAAAGAAGAACAUAAUCAUCUUAGGCUUCAAAACAGAAAGUUAAUUAAAAAAAAUGAG